AUGUCUCCGUUCUUCGCCGCCAUCUUUUUGCUUGGCCUGUGCCUGGCCAACGCCGUCAACUUAACGUACGUUUACGAGUGGUCUCAGUUUGAUUUCAUCUGGCCACCAGCAGCGGACACUUCAAAUGAACAGAUGAAACAGAAUUUUAAUCCAGAUUAUGUUGAACCACAUUUCAUUGCUGUUUUUGGUGAAAGGCUGUUUCUAAGCCUUGAUUCGUUUUCGGGAAUUCCCGCCUCACUGGUGUGGCUGCCAACGAGUGGCAUGUCGACUGUACGUCCAAAGCUUUCUCCUUUCCCAUCCUGGCAUUUACAUAAAAAAGACAAGUGCGACACUAUUCAGUGGGCCUACGGUUUAGAAGUGGACACUGAUGGUCGGUUGUGGGUGCUCGACAACGGUCGCGGCAAAUGUUCAAAAAAACUUUGGAUAUUCGACCUUCUCAACAACGACACAACCGAGCGCAUUCACCAGUUUCCGGACACAGUCGUCUCUGAUUCAGAAGAAGAUAGUUACAUGAGUGAUAUCGUGCUCGACAAAACGCCAGACGAUUACCUUGCGUACAUCACGGCCAUUGGAUCGCAGCACAUCGUCGUUUACAGCCGAAAAAUGGACAAAUCCUGGACAGUCAAAACACCAGGGCGAAAAUGGCAAUGCUUGGCCCUCUCUCCGAACAGGGAAGAGAGAAAGUUGUACCUUGCAAGAGAUGGUGGAAAAGAACUUUAUUCAGUGUCUGUGUCUGAGCUGAGGAAUGAAGGCGGAAGCGCUGCUGUCAAAUUAAUCAGCGAAUUGACUGAAUUCCUUUACAUAAUGUUGUUCGACAAUGCUGAUGUCAUGUAUGCUGCCUAUUACGGCAAGAAUUACGUCUUCACGUGGAAUAUUUCGGAGCCCUUUCGAGAGCAGCGGUUUCAUGAGGUAAAAAGACAGGGUGCUUCAGUGCCAUUUACUUUUGCCUUGGACACGGACGGCAAUUUGUGGAUUACGGAGCGAUACGUAACUGGGAUUAAGAAUAGGCAUUAUAAACUACUCAAGGCUGCAGUCGGCGCCAGAUCAUAUCAAUUCAUCCCCUCCACAGCUCUUUUCGCAGCCUCAACUACGUCUCAAACUUUCGAGACUAUAGAGAAAAGCACGCAAACGCCGGAAAGCCAAACUGGAGCUACCCCACCGACUCUAGAAUCAAACGAAACUUGCGAGGGUGUUGCAGAUUUUUCAGAAGAUCACCUAAAAAGUCAGUCUCUGAAUAGAAUUCUGAUUUGGUUGCUCGUGUGCUGCCUCAUUUGCUUGGUCUUGAGCGGCGCUGUCAUUGCGUGGCUGACCCUUAGGAUGAGAAAAAUGCAAACCUCUUUGAAGAAGAUUUCGAAGGAACAUCAGGAGCUUUUGCCUAGCAGUGGCGAAACUCGGCCUUAAUGUUCAACUUGUAAUA